GGGCACAAGACUAAUCGACCUUCACAUUGUUCAAUGACCCUGUGUUUACAGCAUUAGGUGCCGACCUUAUUCACGUCUUCAAUGCUUGAUCACGUAUUCUUAGUCAGUUAGCCACUUUAGAAAUAAUGACAGCAACAGUGGACAAGACCAAACGAAUUGAAAGAUGGUAUUUUGGUGGCGUUGCCAGCGCUAUGGCAGCCUGUUGCACCCAUCCGCUAGAUCUCCUCAAGGUGCACAUACAAACACAGCAAGGGAAGUUGAGCCUAUUUUCAAUGGCUAAAAAAUUGUUCAAAACUGAUGGUGUUCUAGGGUUCUACAAUGGCUUAUCAGCCUCGGUCAUGAGACAGUUGACCUAUUCAAUGACGCGGUUUGCAGUAUAUGAUUUUGGUCGUAAGUCACUGACACGAGAUAGAAGAGCAAUGCCAUUCUAUGAGAAAGUUGGCCUAGCUGGUUUGGCUGGGGCCAUGGGAGGAUUUGUGGGAACACCUGCUGAUAUGAUCAAUGUCAGAAUGCAAAAUGAUGUGAAGUUACCCCCAGAACAGAGAAGAGCAUACAAACAUGCCAUAGACGGGCUUGUUCGAGUAAUCAGAGAAGAAGGACCUCUAAAACUCUUCAACGGAGCUACUAUGGCUACCACCCGAGCAGUGUGUGUCACUGUGGGGCAGCUCGCGUGCUAUGAUCAGAUUAAAGGAAUGCUGCUUGGCACUCCACUGUUUAAGAAAGACAAUGAGAUGUUACAUUUUGCAUCAAGUUUUACUGCAGGAGGUAUUGCUACACUUUUAACAAUGCCCCUUGAUGUGAUGAAGACGAGAAUGAUGAAUGCCCCUCCUGGUACAUAUUCGAGUAUCUUUGCCUGUUUCAAAGAUAUUGCUGUCAAUGGGCCUCAAGGCUUCUUCAAGGGCUUCAUGCCAGCGUUUGUACGACUGGGGCCUCAUACAGUGCUAACAUUCAUGUUCCUAGAACAGAUCAGGAUGAACUUUGGAGACGACCCCCCACAGAAACACUAGUGUCAUUCUUUUAGUGACCAUUUUAGUUGUUUACAUGCACAAACUUUUUGUAUUGGUACAUGUACAUACAUUGUAUCAUCAGAAUGAUUGAUAGGCACUGAUUGAGCGUGAAACUGCAGGGUUUUACAUCAAAGUUAAAUACUGUGUUGGUGGUCCCAAGUGCUCGUAUGGUUAAUAUUUAGGGUUCCUUUCAGGGACAGGUUCCAAUCAUUUUACAACAAGCUCUACUUGCGUACAUGUCUUUCUUUGGGGACAAUUAAAAGAUGGAAUAAACAGAUUCAGAGCAUAAUAAGGUGAUGUUUUGUGAAUAAUUCUCAUCAAUGCAAUAAUAAUUAUCACAAGCAAUCUUUUUAAGUACAGCCGUCUCAAACGUGUUUCACCAAUUGGACACAAGUUAGACAAAUAGACGGUUUGUGACCCAUAAUUUAGUGGUAUUUGAUGCAGAAAGUUGCAUAUGGUAAUAUUAUAUUCCUACGGAUAUUCUGACAGAAAUGUUGGUGUAUAUUUGGUAUCAAAUACUUGGGACCAAAACAUAAAACCGUAGCUCAAAGUGUGAAUUCCAUUUUUGUAUUAACCGGUUGGAAAAAAUGUAGGUACGAAUACCAACAUUAAUGUACACAACAUAAUGAUGUCCUCAUGGCAUAAAUCAUGUGUUGCAUUGGGGACUGUUUCUGAUGUUUGUCAUGAUAAAAAAGAAUAUAAUAAAUAUUUUAUGUUUGAGGUAUUCCAAUGGUUUGUAUUGCACUUGUUUAUAGUGUGAAAUUGAAUUUCAUUUUCCCUGCAGGCUCUUGAAAUAUGUCACACAAUCAACUGGUGUGAUACAACCCUUUCAAACAAGACGGUCAUGUAAUAUUCCAUAUGUAUAUAAAAGAGAUACACGUGUUUUAUGCUUGACCCUUGAUGUAUACCUGUAAAUGGUUGUUUUAAUCAUACUAUGUUAAUGGUAAUUGUAGAAGAAAAUUUGACGGCAAUAGACAGUAUAAUAUGUAGAAGACUUUUAGUCAUUUCACCUGAAAAUAGAUUUUCAGUUUUUCUAGUCAUGUGACUCCCAUUAUAGCGAUAGCACAAAUCAGUUGUUUUACUUGCACAUUUAAAUACCAGUAUCCUGUGUCAAACGUUAAGGAUUGAUUAAUUUCUUGAAAUCUAAGGUUAGAUUUGCCUUCAUGUUGUUGUUUAAAUCUUACAUCACUCAAUAUAUUUAAGAGAUUUAUGUCUAAAUCAAGAUUUAUUCCACUAAAUAAUUUUG